CGUUGGGGGCGGCGCCGGCACCAUGGGGCUGAGCGCGGAGGAGGCGGCGGAGCAGGAGGACCGCUUCGACGCCAUGCUGCUGGCCAUGGCGCAGCAGCACCAGGGCGGCGUGCGCGAGCUGGUGAACACAUUCUUUAGUUUCCUGAGGCGCAAAACUGAUUUCUUCACUGGAGGAGAAGAUGGAGUAGCAGAAAAGCUGAUCACAGAUACCUUUAACCAUCACAACAAGCUAGCUCAGAAGGAGCGGAAGGAAAAAAAGGCUCGUCAAGAAGCAGAAAUGCGUGAAAAGGCAGAGAGAGCUGCGAAACUCGCUAAGGAAGCGAAGCAGGAAGCUAAUGAGCCAAGGAUUAAGGAGCUUACAGAUGAGGAAGCGGAAAGGCUGCAGCAAGAAAUCGAUCAGAAAAAAGAGGCAAAAGGAGAGAUGAACAGUGGCUCGGUGAAAUCCGCAGAGGCUGAAGGUGAAUCUUCAGAUUCCAACAGACAGGAUUCAGAGGACGAGGAGGAAGAUGAGAAGGAUAAAGACAAAAUUAAGCCCAAUUCUGGCAAUGGAGCUGACCUUCCAAAUUACAGAUGGACACAGACCCUUUCAGAACUGGAUCUGGCCAUCCCUUUCAAGGUGAACUUUAGGUUGAAGGGGAAGGACGUGAUUGUGGACAUCCAGAGGCGACGCCUCAAAGUUAGCCUGAAAGGGCACCUGCCUGUCAUUGAUGGAGAGCUUUUCAACGAAGUGAAGGUGGAGGAGAGCUCCUGGUUGAUAGAAGAUGGCAAAACAGUCACUGUGCACCUGGAAAAGAUCAACAAGAUGGAAUGGUGGAACAAACUAGUCUCCACAGACCCAGAAAUCAACACCAAGAAAAUAAAUCCAGAGAACUCAAAGUUGUCAGACCUGGACAGCGAGACUCGCAGUAUGGUGGAAAAGAUGAUGUAUGAUCAGCGGCAGAAAUCCAUGGGCCUCCCCACGUCUGAUGAACAGAAGAAGCAAGACAUCUUGAAGAAGUUCAUGGAACAGCAUCCAGAAAUGGACUUUUCCAAGGCUAAAUUCAACUGAGCCCUCCCUUUCUCCCCCUCCUUUUUCAGUCAGCCCGUUGAAUGGGGCAGGGUGUGUAUGGCAGGACAUGUAGGGAUCCCUUAUCCUGGGCGAGUAAGCAUCCCCACGCGAGCUUGCAGCGGAGGCGGCUCUGUAAAGUCGUCCUCUCUUGUCCCAUGUUGAGCAGACCACAAGGCCACAGUCGGCCUGCAGCAGCGGGUCAGUCGGAGCCGCCUGUGACACUUCCCAUACAGCAGUUAGGAGAGAAGGAGCCAGGCUCGGGAGGUUUUGGAACAUAUCUUUAAUAUACUGCUUAGUUUAAUUUCCUGAGUCUUUAGAGCUGUUAAUCCCCUCUUGGCAUUUCAGUCCUGGCAGGAGGUACUCUUGAAUUUUACUCCUUUUCCCCCUGGCUUUCCUGCCAUCCCAUGGAAACAGAGGCUGCUUAUUUUGUAAAAGGUACUUAGUGCAUUGCUCUGCUUCUGCCUCCUUGGGCCUUGGAAAGGAAACACAGGGGUGAGAAGGAGCUACAGCUCUGCAGAAAGACACUACUCCUCCUCUCAGUCAAUCUGUUUCAUACAGCAGACGCCAGGAACUGAAUGGGGAAGCACAAAACUCCUUCCCCUCUCCUCCCUGGUAAUUGUUCAGGGGUAAAUCACAUCCAAACAGGGGGUUAGCAGCCAAGCUGCACUCAGGUGCCUUCCUUCUUUGCUGCUGGUGUACUUUCCAGAGGGGGAACAGAGCAAGCUUGGCAGGGUUGUGGGUGGAUGGGUUGACCUGCUGCCUCAGGGAAGGGGAUGACUGGAGAGCUUGUGGUCAAGGACAGGGUGAAGGGAGGCUUGGAGGGCCCCCUUUCCCACUGGGAAUGCAUCUCCUGCCUCUUUGCAAAGAGCCUCUCUCCCU